UGUGAGCCCCGGUCCCGCACCGCCAUCAUCAUCCCCCACCGCAACCGGGAGACCCACCUGGGCCACCUCCUCUACUACCUGCACCCCUUCCUCCAGCGCCAGCAGCUCCAGUACGGCAUCUAUGUCGUGCACCAGGCGGGCAACUCCACCUUCAACCGGGCCAAGCUGCUGAACGUGGGGGUGAAGGAGGCGCUGAAGGACGAGGAGUGGGAUUGCCUCUUCCUCCACGAUGUUGACCUCAUCCCCGAGAACGACCACAACCUCUAUACCUGCGACCCGUGGAACCCCAAACACGUCUCCAUCGCCAUGAAUAAAUUUGGAUACAGCCUACCGUACCCCCAGUACUUUGGGGGGGUCUCAGCUCUCACCCCUGACCAGUACAUGAAGAUCAAUGGUUUUCCCAACGAGUACUGGGGCUGGGGCGGCGAGGACGAUGACAUUGCCACCAGGUAG